GAAAUUGAUAUAAUCCAUCCGCCGCGCUCUUUAUAUACCGGAUUAUUCUUUCAGUGGUAUAUAGUGUACAUAUUCUCCUUGGUUUGGCUAAAAUUACGCGCCCGACAGCCAGUAACGGUCUUGCAGAGACUCGAGAGCCCGGAGCAUGAGGACUACCCGAGCGGAGGCCACCCAGUCACGAUGAAGAUGCGGAUCCGUCUGAAACAUGAAAACGCUCCAUGAACUCCAAAUCUGAUGCUUAUAACCUAAAAAUCACAGUCCCAAUUAUUGCCAUUUCUUAAUAAAACAGACAAGACUGCUCACCAGAACUACGACCAAAUCUGUGACCAUGAGUGUGCAACAGGAAGAAUAUGUGGAGCAUCAGUACAUGUGCAGUGAGUGUCAUCAGCUCUUCAAUACCCUUGAGGAGGUGUUGAUACACCAACAAAUACACACUGGCGUUGAGAUGGAAGAUGUGGUGGAUUUUUCCGUCCAUGAUGAUGCAGAGGAGAGUCAGUAUCAGUGUCUGGAAUGUGGUUCCAUCCUCAGUAACUCGGAGGAACUGCUGCUCCAUCAAGAGAUGCACAUGAGAGAGGCUGGGCUGAAUGCAGAACAAGAACUGUGUGAGGUGGCUGAAACAGAAGAAGCAGUUGCAGCCGUGCCAAUUCAGUACCAGUGCCUGGAGUGCCUGGCCCUCUUUGACACCGCUGAACUGUGGAUGGCACACAGACAGACACACAAGAUCAGCACAAACAGUAACAUGUCAGACACUUUUGUUCUACAGCCCAAUGGUACAGUCACUCCCGUCUCCAGUGUGCAAAAUCUGGUGCUUGAUGAACGGAGGGCGGGACAGAUCCUGACUUUAGCCCAGGCUCUGCGAGACCAGCAGAACACAUCCAAACCUGCAGCUCAACCCAAAGCCACCUUGCUGCCAAGCACCUCACCCAUGCCUGCCUCCACCUCUGCCAUGCUCCGACUCCAGUUCUGCUCUGCGCAGGCAAUCGCAGAUGGCUCUGUAUCAAAGACUGCCCGAAAAGUCAAGCUCCUCCCUCACCUUCUACCCUCUGAGCCUAUUAGGUUAGAGAACGGUGUUGCCAUGCUCAAUCUUCUUUCCUCGGUCAAUCACACAGAUAUGGGGAAGCACGCUGGCGAAGAGGUGUUGAUCAUUCAUCCGUACGAGUGUUCCGAAUGUAACCUGCUGUUCAGCACGCCGGAGGAUUUCCUCCACCACCAGGGAGAGCACUUUCUGGCACAGGAUAAAGAGAGCGGGGGUGCAGGGGUCAUGUUAGGGUAUGAGGACAGCACUGGGAUGAAAGAUGAUGAAAGAAAAGAUGAGAUGAAAGAGGAUAGGAAGCCACAGCAGAAGAAGGGAGAAACCGCAGGACGUCUGUACGCCGCCAGAUCGACGGGUCUCGGUUUGAAUUCCUCAGUUUCUUCCGCCAACCUGCAAUGUGAGGAGUGCAAUCGGACUUUCACCACAGCCAAUCGGCUUGCAGCGCAUCUCCGUGUGCACGAGCAGGGAACACACGAGUGCCCGGAGUGCGACAAGGUGUUCAAGAAGGUGGGAUCGCUGCAGACGCACAUGCGCACGCACUCCGGCGAGGCUCGCUACCUGUGUGUAGACUGCGGUCACAGCUUUACUACAGAGAUGACCCUCAUCAUACACAGGAAGUCCCAUACAUCUGAGCCACUUCACAGCUGCCCUGUCUGUGCCAAGACUUUUACCAACAUGACCAAGUUCCUGUACCACCGUCGCACUCACACAAAUCGUGAACCAGUCAGCCCUGCCACUACAGUUCCACUGACUCAGCGGUCGCCUCUUUCCAUAAUGCAGAGGGCACGUGAGAGACAGGCUGCAUGGGUUAAACAGAAACAGUCAAGACUUCUGGCACCUGUAACUAUUAAACUAGACUCUAAUGAGAGCAUUUUGGAGGCAGCUACCUCUUCUGUUAAGGUAGCAGUGAAUGGGGUGCAGGCUGCAGAUAGUACCACAGAUGAGGCACAAAACCAACAGACCAAUCCAGACAAUCCAGGCCCAGACGUUCUGAAUGAUUUAGACAAAUGGCAGGCUCCUAUCGGCGAAGAGGACUUGAAGUUCCCCUGCUCAACCUGCAACAAAGUCUUCCCCUCUCAGAUCCGCUUGCUAAGUCACCACAGAACUGCUCACUCCAGCGAGCGCAGCUUCAAAUGCAACAUCUGUGGCAAGCCGUUCAAGAAGCAGAUUCACCUUCGAAACCACCUCCGAACACACACGGGCGAGCGUCCGUUCCAGUGCAGCGUGUGCGGCAAGACCUUUUCCUCCCUGGCCAACCUGACACGCCAUGGCCUGACGCACACUGGGGUAAGGCCUUACCGCUGUGACUACUGCCACAGGGCUUUUACACAGUCCUCCAACCUGCGCCAGCACCGUCUGCUUCACAGUAACCCCACACCGUCGGCGUGUCCGGACUGCCCGGCCAAAUUUGUCCAGCCAGCCAAGCUUAUUGCUCACCGUUUUCUCCACCAUUCAGGGUCGCCGGCACCUUACCCCUGCCCACACUGCCCCGAAGGGUUCUUGCGCAAAAAACAAAGGGACAUGCACUGCCUGGAGGAGCAUCCCAACCUCACACAACCAUUUACAGAUAGCUCUCAGAACCAAGGUCAGACAGUGUCUAAUGAGAGCACUGAGCAGUCGGCUGUAGUUCUGACUCAAAAGCCAAACUUGGACUGCACAAUUUGUGGCAAGCGCCUUAACUCGGCCGCCAACCUACGCUUGCAUCAACUGAGCCACGGGUUAGGGCCGGGGCGCCCACGUGGAUCUAGCUCAGCCUCUGGAAAAUCGCACCCAUGCCCUGUGUGUGGAAAGCUGUUCGUUUCGGCAUCAAGCGUCACGUUGCACCAGAGGGUGCACACUGGCGAACGACCGUACCCUUGCGCAGUUUGUGGAAAGCGCUUCCGGCAGAACACUCACCUUCGCGAGCAUCUGCGCACACAUUCGGGCGAGCGGCCCUUCCGAUGCGAGUUUUGCAACAAAGGCUUUGUACAGAGCAUGCACCUAGCUGAGCACCGACGCACACAUACCGGGGAAAGGCCGCAUGUAUGCACCGAGUGUGGAAAGGCCUUUAAGACCAUCUCAAACAUGAGGAACCACCGCAAGAUCCACAACAAGCCAAAACAAGAGGUGGAGCAGAGCAAAGAUGUUGGUUUGGAAACUGCCUUGGAGACCAAUCUGGCAACAGUUACAGUGGUCAAUGCUUCUGAGGUGAAUCUUAGCCAGGAAAGCAUCCAACUAGGGCAGCCACAAGUCAUACAGAUUCAAACCUCCAGUCUUGAGCAGACUCAGGGCACUCCAACCAUCAUGUGUAAUGAGUUUGGUGAGGCGAUAGCCAUCAUCGAGACGAGUGGAGACCUGGCGGAGGCUAUAGAGCUUUACCAGACUGCGCUGGAGGGCGGCAUUAACAUGGAGGGCAUCACACUAGAGAACUUGCAGCUGAUGUGACCCAGUUCAUAACAGAUCAGGACUUCAAGUGAUAAGAAAGAAAUAGUUACACACAUAUGGAUAUUAAAUAGAAAGCUAAUGGUGUGGACAAAUAUCAAAUCCUAACAGUUAGCAUCGCUGCAAAGGAGAGAGCCAAGAGUGAUUUAAUGACUGGCACUCUGUGAAGCUGUGAAGUCCCGCUGGGUCUAAAAUAACAGUGUUAUAAAUUAAAUAACUUGAUGCAAAAGGCAUUUUUUCUGUUGUUCCAUUUUACAAAAGAUUAAAUAUAUUUCAGGACAAAAUGUUCUCGAAAGGAACUGUCAGAAAGGUUUAAACACAAGUGAGCAAUCUGCUCAGGCACUAACAUGGAGAUGGGCAAGGAGAAUCAGUGCUACGUAAAAUGUAUCAGUCUUGCCUCUUAAGAUAUGUAGCUGUCUGCUAUCUGUUCACAUUCUCAUGACUUCUUUUUUACUUUGCUUUACAUUAUCUGUAGGAUAUGUUGUAAAUAAAAAUUAUGUACUUGUUUUUUAUAA